AUGCUAAAAAUUAUCAUCCCCUCAAUCAUACUAAUCCCCAUAACCUGACUAUCAAAAAACACCAUAAUAUGAAUUAACCCUACAAUCCAUAGCCUGAUAAUCGCACUGAUAAGUCUGUCUUACCUAAAUAAACUUGAUAUCACCAACCAAAACCACUCACUAAAAUUCGCCUCCGAUCCAUUAACCUCCCCUUUACUCAUUUUAACAACCUGACUUCUGCCCUUAAUAAUUAUAGCCAGCCAACACCACCUAAGCAAAGAGACGGAAAUCCGAAAAAAAACAUACAUCUCACUCCUCAUCUUACUCCAAAUUUCCCUAAUCAUAACUUUCACCGCUACUGAAAUAAUCAUAUUCUAUAUUCUAUUUGAAGCGACCCUAAUCCCCACACUAAUCAUUAUCACCCGAUGAGGAAACCAAACGGAACGAAUAAAAGCCGGACUAUACUUCCUAUUCUACACCUUAGCUGGCUCCUUGCCCCUCUUAAUUGCCCUAAUCUACCUACAAAAUUCACUAGGAUCAAUAAAUUUCCUCCUAUUCCCUUAUAACAAACACAUAUUAAAUUCAACAUGAUCAAACAGCCUACUAUGAAUCGCAUGCGCUAUGGCCUUCAUAAUUAAACUACCUAUAUAUGGUCUCCACCUAUGACUCCCCAAAGCUCAUGUAGAAGCCCCAAUCGCAGGCUCUAUAGUCCUAGCAGCCAUUCUCCUAAAACUAGGGGGCUACGGAAUAAUACGAAUCUCCCAACUUUUGGAGCCUAUAACAAAUUACAUAGCAUAUCCAUUCAUCCUUUUAUCACUGUGAGGAAUAAUUAUAACCAGCUCUAUUUGCUUACGACAAACAGACCUAAAAUCCUUAAUUGCAUAUUCGUCCGUCAGCCACAUAGCUCUGGUGAUCGUAGCUAUCCUCAUCCAAACCCCAUGAAGCUUUAUAGGGGCAACUGCCCUAAUAAUCGCACACGGUCUCACAUCAUCCUUACUAUUCUGUCUAGCAAAUUCAAACUACGAACGAACCCAUAGCCGAACCAUACUACUAGCUCGAGGCCUACAAAUAACCCUCCCACUUAUAUCAACAUGAUGAAUCCUAUCAAGCCUAACCAACCUCGCCCUUCCCCCCACUAUCAACCUAGUAGGAGAACUGUUCAUUAUCCUAUCAACCUUCUCUUGAUCUAAUUUCACUAUCAUCCUGACUGGCCUCAACAUACUUAUCACAGCCCUAUACACCCUAUUCAUAUUGAUCACGACACAACGAGGAAAACCACCAUACCAUAUCAGCAACAUUACACCGACAUUCACCCGAGAAAACUCUCUCAUAGCCCUCCACAUCAUCCCUCUAUUACUCCUCACCCUCAAUCCAAAAAUUAUCUUGGGAAACUUAUACU